UUCGUCACUGCCUGAGUUUACGGAGAUAGGUGAUUCGUCGGUUACGGUUAGUCAGUGUGAAUACGAUAGUAUAUUGUUCAACUGCUUUUGAAAGAUUUCAGUAGUUCUGUUACUCGUUGACGGUUAGUUUUAAAGUUUUAGUUGUUUUUCGGUGUUAAAAAACUCUUUAAUCAGAUAAUUCAUCAUGUGUGACGAAGAAGUUGCCGCACUCGUAGUUGAUAAUGGAUCCGGUAUGUGCAAGGCCGGUUUCGCCGGAGAUGAUGCUCCUAGAGCUGUAUUCCCUUCGAUCGUCGGUCGUCCAAGACAUCAGGGUGUUAUGGUUGGUAUGGGACAAAAAGACAGUUACGUCGGUGACGAAGCUCAGUCGAAAAGAGGUAUCUUAACGCUGAAAUAUCCCAUUGAACACGGUAUCGUUACGAACUGGGAUGAUAUGGAAAAAAUUUGGCAUCAUACUUUUUACAAUGAAUUGCGAGUUGCCCCCGAAGAACACCCUGUAUUGCUUACCGAAGCUCCAUUGAAUCCGAAAGCUAACCGUGAAAAGAUGACGCAGAUCAUGUUCGAAACUUUCAACACUCCAGCGAUGUACGUUGCCAUUCAAGCUGUACUUUCAUUAUACGCUUCCGGUCGUACAACUGGUAUCGUUUUAGAUUCCGGUGAUGGUGUUUCUCACACCGUACCCAUCUACGAAGGUUACGCCUUACCACACGCCAUCUUGCGUUUGGACUUAGCUGGUCGCGAUUUAACGGAUUAUUUAAUGAAAAUCCUCACCGAAAGAGGUUACAGUUUUACCACAACUGCCGAAAGAGAAAUCGUACGUGAUAUCAAAGAAAAAUUAUGCUACGUCGCUUUGGACUUCGAACAAGAAAUGGCCACCGCUGCGUCAUCGAGUUCGUUAGAAAAAUCGUACGAACUACCCGACGGACAAGUGAUCACCAUCGGAAACGAAAGAUUCCGUUGUCCUGAAGCUCUCUUCCAACCUUCAUUCUUGGGAAUGGAAGCUUGCGGUAUUCACGAAACCACAUACAACUCCAUAAUGAAAUGCGACGUUGAUAUCCGUAAAGACUUGUACGCUAACACCGUCUUAUCUGGUGGUACCACCAUGUACCCCGGUAUCGCUGAUCGUAUGCAAAAAGAAAUCACCUCACUUGCGCCAUCGACGAUGAAAAUUAAAAUCAUCGCUCCACCUGAAAGAAAAUACUCCGUAUGGAUUGGAGGUUCUAUUUUGGCUUCGUUGUCGACCUUCCAACAAAUGUGGAUUUCCAAACAAGAAUACGAUGAAUCUGGUCCAUCAAUCGUCCACAGGAAAUGCUUCUAAUAGUAUCGCGUUCUCUUUUUUUAUUAUUAUUUUCCAAUACGAAAAAACCAAAAUAGUAUGCAUUUCCUGUCUUUUUUUUAUUUAUAUAAAUUUAUAUCAUUCAUUCCUUAACACACCUGCAUUAUUUAAAAUUACUCGGUAAUUGAAAAAUAUUUUAUCUUAUUUAUUUUUUUUACUGUAUUUUAAUUUAAUUAAAAUAAUUUUUAUGUUUGCGAUGUUGAAAAAAAAGUUAAUUUAGAAUGUUCAGUAUGUGGUGGUGUUCUGUAAAGUACCAACGUUGAAUUUCGUAUCUCUCUUACAUUGCAUUCCUCUUUAUGUUUGUUGAUACUUUUUUCCAAUUUGAUUCGUGUUUGGUCGCGAUGUUUCCACGAUAUGUUACACGUCCUGUUACAUUCCAAAUGCGAGUUUUUGUAAUGCGUUUUUUUUUCUAUGCAUAUAUACAUGUGGAUAUAUAUUUUUAACGUAUUGUAAGGUGUUAAAUUAAAGAAUUUUCGAUUAUAAACGUAUUUAGCUGUUUGAAUUUUUGUGUUUCACCACCGUAUAGUUUACCCUUACCGACUGCUUGUGGUCGAUCCUUUAUUUCAUUCCAGUAAGUUUAUCGCUUCGGAGAUUUAUCAUAGGCUUGAAUGUGGCUUAGCUUAAGAUAUGAAUUUUUCUACGAUAAAUGUAGUAUAAACAGUUUUUUUCUCUUUUUUUUUUUAAAUAAACGUUCGAAAGUCUGAA